AUGGAGACCCGCCAGGUGCCCAGGAGCCUCCGGGUGCGGCUGCUGCUGUUGCUGCUGCUGGUCGUGCCCUGGGGCACCCCCACGGCCUCGGGCGUCGCCCUGCCCCCCGCAGGGGUCCUCAGCCUCCGCACCGCGGGCCGCGCCUGGGCGGGGGCGGCCGCCCCCCAGUCUCGGCGGAGCCUGGCGCUGGCGGACGACGCGGCUUUCCGGGAGCGCGCGCGGCUGCGGGCCGCCCUCGAGCGCCGCCACUGGCUGAACUCGUACAUGCACAAGCUGCUGGUGCUCGACGCGCCCUGA